CGCAACCUUUUCCUAACCUAAAACAGAAAACACAAUGUUUACAUUCUGCUCUGUGUUUACAAAUAAAGUUGAAACGGGAAUUUUGACGAGAUAUUGUAGGAAAGGGUCAUUAAUGAUAGGAGAAGUUUAAUAAUAAUUAAAGUUUUUAAUGAUUAAGUGAGGGGUUAUUUUCAGAGUGAAGUUUCUACAUUGUACUGAUUGAUUCUACAGUUAUUGGUGAAGUGCUCUGCUAUGAAACAGAGUAUGGAAACAGCGAGAAAUUAAAAUGAGUAUGAAAUGAUCAUGUUACUGGUAUGCCACACAUUGUUAUUUUCUACCCAUCAAUGAUGAGCAUGGGCAAACUUUUAGUCCUAGGUCCUGAAUGAUUUUGUCCCCAUGGACAGUUAGAUGAACGGCCAAUGGAGAAAGAAAGAAACCGUAAGCAAAUAGCAGUAAAGGAAAAAUUUGAGAUACUAAAGUUCUUAGAAGAAAACAAAAGUGUUUCUCACAAAGAAGUGGCGGCUAAGUAUGGAAUAGGAGUCUCGACAAUAAGGCAAUUGUUAAAAAGAAAAGACAGAUUGAUAAAACUUGCGAAGGAGCAUCAUAACGCAGAUGAUAAAAAGAGGUUCAAAAAAUCAAAAUAUGAGAGAAUUGAAAAAGCACUUCUUAAUUGGUUUGAACAUGCUACCGCCAAUGGAAUUAAAGUUUACGAGUCGAUGUUUAAGGAGAAAGCGACUGAAAUAGCUCAACAACUGCAAUUCAGUGACUUCAGAUCUUCAAAUGGUUGGUUUUACAGAUUUAAGACCCGUUACAAUAUAACACCAAAUUACACUCCAAAUAAAAAAUCUUUCAAGAGUGGAGAUGGAAGUCGAUGGAAAACAGAUGUAUCAGCAGAAAUUUUGGCUGAUUAUAGACUUGCAGAUAUAUAUUGUGCAGAUAUUUUUGGAUUAUCUUCGGUAGCUGUAAUGGGCAAACAAUAUGUGGAAAGAGAUGGUGCUAUCAACAGCAAUGACCAAUUUUCAAUUUUACUUUGCUCAAGUAUUGAUGGAUCACACAGAGACAAGCCUGUAGUGUUCGGGAAAAACGAACUCUUGAACAAAAAUCAGACACUACCUUAUGCCUAUGUUCUCAACAUAAGUUCAUGGAUGACGAAAGAAGAGUUUUAUAAAUGGAUUAUUGAGUUUGAUACCAGAAUAUCAGCCGAAAGAAGAAAGGCUGCGCUGUUUUUAGGGAACUCCCUGGCACGUUUUGAUUUUCCGAACGUUGAUAAUGUAAAAAUAGUUUUGGCCCCUUCAUGUUCUACCUCAUGUCUACUGCCCAUUUACAAUAUAGUGCUAAAAGCCACCGAACAAUCUUUCAAGGAAGCAACUGCUUAUUGGUUAGAAAAUUUGUGUCUCAGUAAAACAACUGUUACCAAAGCUCUUGUAAGGGAGCACUUUCGUCAAAUGCUUUCAUUAUUUGCGAAUCACUGGGAGGAAGUAGAAUCAGCUUCAUUUCUGAGAUCAUUUCAAGAGUCUGGCUUUUGUCCAGACGCUACUUCCCACACUGCUCCCGAUCUAUCUACCGGAGAAAUCGAACACAGAUCAUGCAGUCCAACUGCAAGCCCUAUCGAAAUCUCCGAAGAAUCGGAUAAUUUGGAUGACGAGGAUGGAAUCCACAUACUUGAAAAUAUUUCUGAUCAAGAGAUUGAUGAUUUGAUAUUACUCAUAGAGAAUAAGACUGACAAUCCUGUAAAUAACUCAGAGGAAAUGAGCGAGAGUACGAUAGCUGCUGGUGAAUUGAUAGAGGAAUUAGAGGAAGAGGUUCCUUGUGUGAGCACAGAAGAGGCUUUGGCAUCUAUAGUUACUUUGAAGAAUUUUAUGGCUCAGACUAGUAGUUUUAACGAUAAACACUGGGAUUAUUUAGCGGAGCUUCAGAAUAUCAUACUUGAUGGACAAGAGCAAAGCUGAUGCAAGAUAGACUAGAUGACUGUUUCAGAGAGGAAAAAUUACCUCUUAGUUUUCUGUAAAAAUUGAAUAUUUUGUACAGUAGGUGGAAGUGCCUUUCCUUUGGUUAUUAUUUGUUUUCUAGAUCUUCAUUUGAAUAAAUACUUUGUUGAUUUUCACCACGAUUUCACUCUGAUUAGUCCUUCCAAAUAUUUUUUCUUUGAAUAUAUGUAUUUAAUGAACA